GUCGCACUGCUGAUGUCAUCGCUGGAGUCUGACGUCACGGGGAUAAAGCGUCAACAUGGAGGCGACAGGAGAAUCUUCCACGAAUUCACUUUUAAAAGAUGAGUGCUACGUGGACUUCCUGACGGAGAGCUUUGACGUGAAGACGUACACCGCCCAGGUCAUCCACCAUGCCAUCAUCACUGAGCAGCUGGCCAAGCUGGCUCAGGGCAUCAGCCAACUGGACCGGGAGCUGCACAGCCAGGUGGUUGCUAGGCAUGAAGAUCUGCUGGCUCAGGCCCCUGGGAUAGAGUCACUGGAGGGGGUCCUCCAGAUGAUGCAGUCCAGGAUCUACGCUCUUCAAGGGGCUGUUGACAGGAUGCGCUCUAAGAUCGUGGACCCCUACAACAAGAUCGUGGCCCGGACCACCCAACUCGCCAGACUGCAGGUGGCCUGUGACCUGCUGCGGAGGAUCAUCCGCAUCCUGUUCCUCAGCAAGCGGCUCCAGGCCCAGCUGCAGGCGGGCAGCCGGGAGAUCACCAAGGCAGCCCAGAGCCUCAACGAACUGGACUACCUGUCCCAGGGCGUGGACCUGAGUGGGAUCGAGGUGAUCGAGAACGAGCUGGUGCUCAUAAGCAGGUCCAGGCUGGAGGUGGAGAACCAGGCCAAGAGGCUGCUGGAGCAAGGCAUGGAGAUCCAGAACCCCAGUCAGGUGGGCACGGCCCUCCAGGUGUUUUAUAACCUGGGCUCCCUGAGGGAGACCGUGGGGGGCGUGGUCAGCACCUACCACGGCGUCGUCCGGGACAACGUGAGCUCCGCCCUGGACAUCAGAGGUCUCACCCAGCCCACCAGCACCAGAGGGGCUCCGGGCAGGGCGGUGCUCCCCACGCCGGGCAACACGGCGGCCUUCCGGGCCGCUCUCUGGACCAACCUGGAGAAGCUGAUGGAUCAGAUCUGCGCCGCGUGUAAGCAGAUCCAGCAUCUCCAGAAGGUUCUGGCCAAGAAGAGGGACCCUGUCACUCACGUGUGCUUUAUCGACGACAUCAUCAAGGACGGCCAGCCUGACAUUCUCUACACCUUCUGGAAUGAUGUCACCACCACGCUGUCUGUAGAGUUCCACCAAGCCACCUCAGCCUCAUCCUUCCUGAAGCAGGCGAUGGAGGGGGAGUACCCCAAGCUGCUGCGCCUCUACAACGAGCUGUGGCGCCGGCUGCAGCAGUACAGCGCCAGCCUGCAGGGGGCGCUGGGGGCCAACGGGGCGCUGGACGCCAGCCUGGACGUGUCCGUCAGCGAGGCGGAGCGCCAGGACCUCUUCACACAGGCCAAGCAGGACUAUAAUCCAGAGAAGGCCCUGAAGGACUCCUUGCUGCCCUACGAGGCGGCCUACCUGUCCAAGUCCCUGUCCCGCCUCUUUGACCCCAUCAACCUGGUGUUCCCCAUGGGGGGGCAGGCCCCGCCCUCCCCCGACGAACUGGACAGCAUCAUCAGGACCAUCAGCAGUGAGCUGAACGUUGCCGCGGGCGACCCGGACCUGGCCGUUGCCGUCGCAAAGAACGCCGCCAAGACCGUCCAGCUGUUCUGCGUCAAGUCUGAGCAACUGUUGUGCACACAGGGAGAAGCCAGCCAGGUGAUUGGUCCGUUGACCGACGGCCAGCGUAAGAAUGUCGCUGUGGUGAACUCCCUGUUCAGACUGCAUGGGGCCGUCGCCAAGGUCAUUUCAGGGUUGACUUCAAAUCCUACAGCUGCUGAGCAAGCAUUGAGAUCAUCUCUGGAGGGGGUGCAGGUCCUGAUGGCGGCGGCGGUGGAGCCCCUCCUCCAGUCGGUCAGUGACUCCCUGGAGGCCAUCAUCAUCACCAUGCACCAGGAGGACUUCUCUGGCCCCCUGUCCAGCGGCCAUCGCCCCGAGGUGCCCUGCUCCCUGUACAUGCGGGAGCUGCAGGGCUUCGUGUCGCGCUCCGUGGCCGACUACUUCCAGCACUUCCAGUGCCUGGACUUCAUCUACGGCCGCACGGAGAGCAUCGCCCAGCGCGCCCUGCUGCUCUUCCUGCGCCACGCCUCCCUGCUGCGCCCGCUGGGCGAGGGCGGCAAGAUGAGGCUGGCUGCUGACUUCGCCCAGAUGGAGCUGACGGUAGCCCCCCUGUGCCGGAGGGUCUCUGACCUGGGGAAGCCCUACCGCAUGCUGCGCUCCUUCAGACCCCUGCUGUUCCAGACCUCUGAGCUGAUCUCCAGCAGUGCGGUGGUGGGGGAGCUCAUCCCCUACAGCACCCUGCUCAGCUUCCUGUUCUCCAGAGCUCCCGGGGAGCUCAGGUCCCCCCACCAGCGCGCUGAGUGGUCCAUCGCCCGGUACUCCCAAUGGCUGGACGACCAUCCCUCAGAGAGAGACCGUCUCACCCUCAUCAGGGGGGCGCUGGAGGCCUACGUCCAGUCGGUGAGGACCCGACAGGGGAAGGAGUUUGCGCCCAUCUAUCCCAUAAUGCUCCAGCUGUUACAGCGGGCCACAAGCGCCACUUCCUAGGCGGUUACCGAAAGCGUUUCUGACCUGGUACAUUCCAGUACUGAUUUGGCGCAUUAAGUCUUCACCUGAGCCGUUAUAAAACUUAAGGGUGGGGCUUUAGCUUGAUGAAGAACAUGAGGUUGAAAUCUCUUCCCAUCAAAUUUAUUUCAUGUUGGUGAAGGAUAUUUGUUGAUGUCUGCAUAAUAAAGACGGGGUUCAAAUCCUG